AAACACUGAAAACAUUAGUGAAACAUUGUUCAAGUGAUCCACCUUUAGAGGGACCACAAUGAAGCUGUGCUUUUACUUUGUCUUGCUGAAUGCUGCUGCUGCAUCAGCAGCCAUUGAAAAGAGGAUUAUGGGGAGUGAAUCCUGCAAAAGCAACAGGCAGUACCAUGUCCAGAUAAAGUCUACUCAGGGCGGGAAGUCCUGUGGAGGUGCUCUGCUCAACGCCCGCUGGGUCAUCACAGCUUCUCACUGUGCAGAGCAGGAAGUCAAACUGAAGUUUGCCUUAAACCUUAAGUGGUACAAGAAACUGAAGAAAAUCACUGUAACAAAAAAUGAGCAAACCAUUCCAAUUAAACAGCAGUUCACCUUCAAAGAUGAGCAGGGGAAAGCCCAUGACAUUAUGCUCAUAAAACUGAGUAAAGAUGUCCCUCCCCAAAUACCCACCAUCAGCUAUGAUAAAACGGGCUGUACGAGACCAGAGAAGCAUGCAAUUGUGGAGAUUGGGGGCAUGGGACCAAAGAAAGCAGGAGGUAAACCUGUUAAUAAAGUGACAUGUGCCACCACACAGAUUUCCGAGUGUGGUGAGAAUGAUAAGCCUAACAGCAACUACAAUAGUGAUGAAAGUAGAGUCAUGUGUGGCUUCAAACCUGGAGUGGAGUCCUGUUUUGGCGAUGCAGGCUCAGCUGUGGAGUACGAAGGAAAAUUACAUGGACUCAUUGUUAGCCAGCCUGUGGAUAAUUGUGCUAAGCAUGUUGUAAUGCUGGACAUUUGUCACUACAUUGAGUGGAUGGAAAAAACCAUGAAGGAGAACUCAUAAGCAAGGGGGUCUUUAUCAAUAAUUAAAAUAAACUCCUAUCAUGCA